UAGUAUGCUCGGAGGGGCCCUGCGAGCCGGCCGCAGCUCUAAAGAGUGCGUCGUCGAGCAUGUGCACUUGGCCAAAUGAUGCCCAGUAGCUGUUCAGGCUAGUGAUGUCGGUAACGCAUCCUUUUACACUAUUGGUCGCGUGUGCUCCAUAGCAUCAUGGAGUUUACGUCCACAUGGUAUAGAUGUGUAUAAACUCGGGCUGGCGGUAAAAAAGUUAAAAUUAUACGUAAGAGAGGGAUAAAACCAGAAAGAAACUCCAUCUAAUCAAUAGAAGCGUCAAUACGACUACGGGAACGCUACCGUUGUAGAAAUAAUAGGGUCUAUGCGAAGGAAGUAUGCCACCGUUUACUAGUUGUGUCUUUAACCAGCACGGUGAAGGCUUGUUUCGAUUAUGAACCCGCGUAUCAUCAUCUCGACAACGGCAUUCGCACGUUUGACCGAGUCGAGCAGGAUCUGUAAUUCCAUUAAGAGGUUCCAUUACCGCACCGUUCGACUAUUUCCCUAGUGUUCUGCGCGCGUGUCGUUCUAGCCCUGCGCUGAGUACUGCUGGUCAGAAGUGUAGUGCUGGCUUGUCCUUUUGCGCACUCGUCUCCGUUACAGUGGUACUAUUGCCGACGCUGCUGCUGUCAUACGCGGCCCCGGACGACACCAAAAGGAUUAUCAUCAUUACGAUAAGCAAACGCAGCGAAGUAUCACACCUGUGAGCAUGUGUAUCUUACCGAUAGGCGAUGAUUGUGAGUGAGUGACCCGCUUCGUCUGUAGCGGUAAUGGGUAACCAGUGUGUUCCUUCCGCAGCCAUAGUACUAAGGGGGGAAACAGCUUAAAGCAGCAACAGCUGAGUCCCUCGAGGUGUGCUGCAGCCGUGACCUUUACUAUAUAUAAUUCAACUCUGUUUAUUUGUCUUUCCACAGCGAAAAAAUAGUCGAAGUGUGUGUGUGCGCCUUUCAAGUGUCGUUGUACUUCUGUGUCGUUCUGUUCAUAUUCAUGUGUUAGUUCAUCAGAGGUUUUAUUCAGUGAGUGCAUCAUACCGAAUUACCCACUGUACCGGCAAGUCAAAUAGGCGGCCCCCAAUCGGCGAGUGAGCUAAGAAACGCAACGAGUGCGCGACGAUGGAGCUCGUUCGCUGGAAAAUUUAGGAAACGCUUUCUUGGGAACGGCGGCGAGCCGUUGGGCGGGCGUUUUUUGCAACAUUUUUAAGCAGCGACAUCAGGCAGCAUUAUUAUCUGCUGGUCAGCGCGUUAGCAAUAACAGUGUCUCAAUUAGCCGAUUCUCGCCAGUAGGUGGUGGCGGGCCCAACUACCGAAAGCAGCAUUUCCGGACGCAUAGCAACUCCUGCGUCAUGCGAACAGCGCUCUUGGUAAUGGUCGCCCUACUGGCGGAGGUAAAGGGAACAUCGGCUACCCUACCACUGCCGGGAAGUGGAGGCACCGCUGGUACUAGCAGCAGCAGCAGCAGCAGCAACGGGCCGAUUCAUCCGACGUUCCAGGGCUCGCGCGUGAGCGACCGCGUCGUUAAGACCAACUAUGGCAAGCUGCGUGGACGUAUCAUCAUACCCGAAUCGAAGUUCGGUAUCACGCUUCAACCAGUCGAAGUGUUUCUCGGGAUUCCAUACGUGUCUCCACCCAUAGGAACGUUGAGGUUCUUGCCGCCGAUGAAUUCGCCCCACUGGGAGGAUAUUCGCGACGCGGAUCACUUUGGACCCGUGUGUCCACAGAAGCUCCCGAUUGAUUUAAACGACACUGCGCAGGCGGCGCAAAAGAUGCCAUUAGCGCGUGUCGAGUAUCUCAAAAAGAUUUCGCAACUACUUAUUAACCAAUCAGAGGAUUGUCUAUUCCUCAACAUUUACGCGCCAGCUAAAGUGGCUCGAAGCAACGUUAAGCUGCCGGUGGUGAUGUUCAUCCAUGGCGGAGAUUAUGAUUGGGGGAGCGGGAGCGCCUUCGAUGGGACGCUGCUGGCGUCUUACGCAAACAUCGUCUUCGUUACCAUCAACUUCCGGCUGGGGAUUCUAGGUUUCUUCCCAGCUAUGGAGCAUGCUUCUCGUGCAAACAAUGGUCUCUUGGACCAGGUAGCAGCGCUUCAUUGGAUUCAUAGGAACAUCGAAAGCUUCGGGGGAAACCCAGAUGAUGUCACGAUUUUUGGGCAUGGAACAGGAGCGUCAUGUGUGAACUUUCUCAUGCUGUACCCUAUGGCAAAAGAUUUGUUCAAGCGCGGCGUCAUGAUGUCUGGCUCGGCAUUAAGUGCAUGGGCUGUCGCCCGAGAUGCGCCAAUGUACGCGCGCGAAGUGGGCCGCCACCUGGAAUGUCCUACGUCCGAGGCCACGGCGUUCGUCGAGUGCCUCCGCCAUCGGCCCGUACAAGAGUUGAUUGGCGCUGCGACCAUCCUAGACGUGCCCGAUCAUUUAUCUGCGUUCGGGCCUACUAUUGAUGGCAGUGUCGUCGCCGGCGAGCCGCGUCAAGAGAUGGUAUCACCAACCUCACCGUUCGCACAGCACGAUCUGCUAUUUGGUGUCGUCAAGUUCGAAAACAGCUAUUUCGGUUUUUCGAGCCACGAGGAAAAACACGGAUUCGAGGCGGAACGGCGCGACCGGAUCAUUCGCACGCUGGUGCGGAAUCUAUAUUCAUACCAUCAGCAGGAGAUCUUUUUGACGAUCAUCAACGAGUACACUGACUGGACGCGUUCGAUCCAGCACCCAAUCAGCAUUCUGGAAGAGACGGCGGAAGCGUUAAGCGACGCACUUGUUGUGGGGCCCAUCGUCGAAACGGGAUCGCUGCACGCACAGGCUGUUGCCUAUAGACGCACUCAUUCGACGACCAACUUUUACGUAUUCGGAUACCACUCGGAAGAGAGCUUGUAUGCGCAGAAAACUGGAUGCGUCAAUGGCGACGACCUGCCCUAUGUACUAGGUGCCCCGUUGCUUGGCACCGCUUCAGCGCUAUAUGGCAAUUACUCGAAACAGGAAGCACAGCUGUCCGAGAUGGUCAUAAGUUACUGGGCGAACUUCUUUCGUUCAGGGUCUCCCAAUGCUACCGAUAGCGACAUUGACUCAAAGAGCAAAAUUCGAUCAGAGCGCGUUGGUUGGCCUGACUACGAGCCGGUACAUCAGAAAUUUGUCACGAUAGGGAUGAAACCUAAGGUUAGGGAUCACUACCACGCCCAUCGGCUGUCGAUCUGGAAUCGGCUGAUCCCAAAGCUGCAUCGGGCAGGAGCAGGAGGUGCAGCCCUCUCUAGAGACCACCACCUUCUUGAAGACUUCGACAACCAAGCGUCAUAUGCGGGUAUUGUUCGCAACAUCAGUUUAAUGACAGUGUCUGCAUCGGCACCAGUGUCAAUUAGUCCUGGUCAGCAAGGCGGCAACCCUUCGCAAGUUCAGCAAGCUCAUCAGCCACCUGAUAUCGAGGGCCGUCCGUUACUACCACAUCAUCUCGAUGGGUCGGAGCAAAACCGGAGCUCUGAGUCCCAGUUCAUGUCGGGGCUGGCCGGUUUUCCGCAGGGAACCUAUUCGACAGCCCUCGGUGUGACGAUCGCCGUUGGUUGUUCGUUACUUAUACUUAACAUCCUUAUCUUCGCGGGGGUGUACUACCAGCGCGAUAAGGGUCGGGGAGACAAAGACAAAGAGGUUGCCAGCGGUCACAAGGUCCAGCUUUCGAAUUCGAUCAGAGAGGCGGUUCCAAACUCAACGCCCUCCCGCAAAUCUCACAGAGAAGUCUCGACACGAGCCCAGCCCCGACAAGGAACGCUGCCCAAAAAAGUGUCCACUUUACCGAGACCACAACAACGCAGCUGUAUGAUGACAGCAUCUGUAGUGCAGCAGCCAUACCAAGCGAGUACACUGCAACGGCCCUCCUCGGGAGUGGGGGCCACGUCGGGCCCCGAGGUAACCCGACCGGAGGGCUCGGACUCGUACUCACAGCAGGUGGCACCCUCCAACGACAGCUCCGACAACACCAGCAUGAACAGCACCACGCUGCACCAUCAGGGGGCGCUACAAACGCACCAGGAGUUCUACAGCCAGAUUUGCUUGAAUUACAGCGAGCUUCAAACUCUGCCACAUCCUCCGCGCUCUUUGUUGGCAACUGGCACAACCCAACAGCAACUUAAGACUCGCUCAUCUUGGGUUUUUCAGAUCACCCUUUCCCUUUUUUGUUCUCGCUGCCUCUACAGAGGACCUGAAAGGGGUUACGUAUGCAGCACGUAGUAGUUGAUGCCUCGAGUGGCCACUACGAGUCUGCUACUUAGCCACUGGCAAUGAACGUCUACAGAAAGGCCGCUUCUUGUGUUUCGUGCACGGCACGAGGAGCCACCAUGCUGCCACUGUUAAGGCUACGAACGACUGCUAAUGCUAUUUCGGAAAACUAGCUGAAGAGCCACGGUCUGUAGUCGACCACCAGUCGGCGAAUAUAGCCCUUAGCGCUUCUAGCAUCAUCUAUCAGCGGCGGUGGCAAUGUGGGCUCUGCCAGUUCGGUGGAGCAAGGCCUGCUACCAGGUACCUCGCCAGGGUCCCUGGCUGCAAU